AUGGAUUCUUCUGAAAGAUCCUCGAGCGACCCCAUAGUCGCUGAGCAGGAGGUUACCGACAUCUGUCGUCGAAUUCUGGAAAUUUUCUUCGAGUAUGCUCUGAACAAAAUCGACCACUCAAACGCAGGGUUCGAACGAGGUGCACAGAAUUUCGUGCCAGUCGUUCGUCGAUUCGUCGCUGCAGGGGAGCGAGUAGAGGCCUGCUUGCCAGCAUUUCCGUUCAAGUCGGCAAACAAGGCAUACAAAGUUCUAGGGAAACUUCCCGAUAAAGCGGAAGAGUUAGCCCUGGACCGGCUAAAUAGCAUAUGCAGACGCAUACAGGAUAUCUACCCACCUGGGGCGCGAAUCACCAUCAUCUCAGAUGGCAUCACGUACAAUGACUUAUUAAGCAUAUCCGAUCAGGAUACCUGGGCGUACGGAGAGGCUCUACGUACUCUAGCCACAGAAAAGAAGUUUGAUUGCAUCAACUUCUCUAGGAUGAAAGAUCUAUUGGAUUUCCCUCUUCCUAAAGAGAUAAACGAGAUUACCUAUGUUGCUAACUGUACCAAUUUCCGCCGGGUCCUUCUUAACCGUUAUGGUGACCCAGACCUUGAUAUUGAUGAUGAGAUUGCUACAAAUCUUGAUACUAAAUUAACUUACCUUGGUUAUAAGAGGUUUUUGGAAUCUGAUUUAAAGUAUAUUUUUCCUCGAGGGGCUGGCCGAAGUUCCAACUCCUAUAAAAGAGACUGCAAGUAUAUUGCAAAGCAAAUGUUAAUUCGGGGCUAUGCUUUCGCCAAAGCUGUUAAGAAUGCCUAUCCCGGCUACCUUCGUCUCUCUAUCCAUGAAUCCAUCGGCGCUGUCGCUAAGAUAUCUAUAUCCCUACUCAAUACAAAGACUGGAUUUACGACCCCAUGGCAUUGUAGCGUAGCUCACCUCGCGGAUGGAGAAUGGAUCAGCGCCCCCAUGGGUGAGUUUUCUAAGAAUCCUAGGUUAGAGCUUGUGCACACCAAUGGCGUUCCGAGUUACUUCAAAGAGAUACCGGAUGCAACCAGCGGUGGUCUUUGCAUCAGCGCUUCGUUUGCGAAGGCAAGUGCAAUAACUACCAAAGAAUAUUUUGAUAGCACUUCUGGAUCGUCUUCUGGCGUUGCUACGCCUAGCAGUCGUCUCACUGUCUCGGAUCCUCGUGCCGACGAUGUCCCAACACCUCGCACGCCACCUUGUCCCAGCGCCAGAUCAAUCAGCCCCAAACAGAUCGCCAAGAAGAACAAUGCUAGUUUUCCCGUGUUGAGCGAAAAUGAUGCAUGGGGAAAACCGUAUGGCCGAAGGCUUAUCCCGCAAAUAAUGGACAGCCUGGCAGCAGCGGACCCGUCACGUACGGUAUACUCGCUUGCCAUGCUCUCUAAAAACUCGCUCACUUACAGGCAUAUUACCGCUCGCGCCUUUGCCCAAGCCGUUGAUAAGACCGCUUGGUGGCUUCAGAGCCAGGCAGGAAAGCCCGACUCGAUUCAGCCCGUUGGCUAUAUUGGACCGCAUGAUUUGCGACAUAUCCUAUUGACCUAUGCAUGCGUUAAAGCUGGUUAUGCUGUUCUGAAUAUGUCUCCGAAAAACAGCACAGAGGGAACGCUAGCGGUGCUUGAAGCAACGAAAUGUAAUGUAUGGGUCAGCGCAGGUGAUGCAGCUCCAAUCCCGCUGGUCAACGAUGUUUUGCAGAAACGCCCUAUGAAAGCUCUACAACUCGCCUCACUUGAUGACCUUCUCAACGCGGUAUCUGUCGAGCCUUUCCCAUAUACUAAAACUUUCGAAGAGGCCGUAAAUGAACCGUUCUGCUUUCUACAUACUUCCGGAACUACGGGCAUUCCGAAGCCAAUUCCCUGGUCUCACGGUUUGAUUGGAACUAUGGAUGCAGUACGGUUGCUACCCCCUGUCGACGGCGACGGCGGUCUGCCCCCUUGGACUGCGGACUGGAAGGCUGGGGACACGAUAUAUUCGGCAUUCCCCAUGAGCCACGGCGCCGGCACCAUUAUGGACAUCCUUAUGCCAGUCCUCUACGAGCUACCUUGUGUCUUGGGACCUAUCAACACGAUUCCCAACGUCGAUUUCAUAGGAAACCUAGCGGAGAGUAUCAAGAUCGACAUCUGGAGUAUGGUGCCAUCUCUUGUGGACGAGCUAGGUGAAACGCCUGAGGUUUUAGCCAAAUUCAAGUCGUCCAAGUUCAUCUGUGCAUCUGGCGGGCCGGCCAGCCCGGUCAGUGCCGGCAAGGCGAACGAGGUUAUACGAGUGCUCAAUCUGACGGGCACCACCGAGGGUCUGUUCAUCGGCAACCUUGUACCACCGAGAGAAGAUUGGUACUGGUUCUGCUUCCACCCUUCUUCGGGGUUUGAGUUCAAGCAGUUGGAUGAAGACACAUACGAACACUGGGCGCAUAAGAAUGACCAGUGGCAACUUUUUCAGGGCAUCUUCCACACUUUCCAAGAUAAGGAAUCUAUCAACUUCAAAGACCUGUACAUGAGGCAUCCCACAAAACCAAAUCUAUGGGCCUUCAAAGGGAGAAGCGAUGAUCUCGUCGUUUUGUCCAAUGGGUACAAGAUAUCGCCACUUGAGAUGGAAGCUUACAUCACCACUCACCCUGCCGUUGAAGGUUGCCUUAUAUUCGGCACUGGCAAACCACAGGCAGGCUUGCUGAUCGAGCUAAAGGACCCGUCCAACAAGUCGGAAGAGCUCAUGGAAAGCAUAUGGAAGACCGUCCAAGAGGCAAAUUCCAAAUCUCGCCACAAGAACCAGCUAUUGAGGAGUUUUAUCACUUUCGCAACGCCUGACAAGCCUUUCUUCCGCACGGACAAGCGUACGAUUAAGAGACCAGCCACCUUGGCCCUCUACGCCAACUUUAUCGAGCGCUUCUACAACUUACAGAACGAUGAUAACGAAGACGGAAGCAGUAGUGUUAUUGUCCUCAAUACGAGUUCAAUUGAGUCGUUGCAGAAGUUCGUUCUCAAGGUCAUCCAACCCACGUGCCAUGGGGCCGAGGGAACAGUUGAUCCCGACACCGACUUCUUCCAGCUCGGGAUGGACUCGCUCGGGGUUAUGUCAGCCGUGAAGGAGAUCAGGGCUGUGACGAAACUAGACGACCUCUACCCCCGACACAUAUAUUCCAACCCUACCAUUACCAAGCUCUCUGCUGCCCUUGCCAGGAUGCUUGCGAAGACCACCAAGCCGGCACAAGAAAGCGAGGCUAUCGACAUUACCCCUGUGACCAACUCAGCUGGGGCUGCCGAGGGCAGCAAAACGACCAAGCUCAAUCGCGCAAUCACACGACACAAGGCCCAACAGUCAUUCAGGCUCAAUCCAAUAGACUAUAUCCAUGGAAAGGUUUUCUUUGGGCUCGUCUUUUACAUACCGCUACAAGAAGGUGCCAGCUUUCAGGAGACCUUCGAAAAUCUUCAGGCCGGUCUUAAUCGCACGUUAGAGCUGAUCCCGGCCCUCGCUGGCAAGGUCAUCGAAUGCUCGGAGGACGAGGUUGGCUAUGUCAAAGGAGAGCGCAACCUUUCAAUCCCGCCCCCGUCCAAGGCGGCUUCGUUCCGCAAUCUCCUACGGUAUAAGGACCUCUCUGGCGUUGUGUCAUCCUUCGCCGAGCUGCGCGAGUCGGGCUUCCUACCGUCGAAGGUCAGAGAUCAUCUACUUAUAGAAAUCGAGCCCUAUUUCCAGUUUCCCGCCGCCGUCUUUGCGGCACAGGCCAACUUCGUCGAUGGCGGCUGCCUUCUCACCACCGAGUUCAACCACACUUGCUUCGAUGGCGUCGGCAGUUUUACUGCUCUGCGGGUCUGGGCCGAGUGUUGCAGAUAUCUGCAGGGCGAUGAAUCAGCCACGUGUGAUUGGUUCCACCCUGAGAGCUUCAACCACAGCCUGCCUGAGAUUCUUCACGAACAAGAAGGCUGGGCCAAACCGUUGGAAGAGGUAGAUCCUGGCACGUGGGCCUGGGUACCAUUUAGCCCACCCGACAACUACAUAGAAAAGUCGAAGACAGCGCCCGAGUCGAUUCGGAAAAACUGGCAUCUCCCAUUGCGACCGGAAAUCCCCCGACACCCUGCUAUGCCGGCGCAGCGCCCCUCGCAUAGCCUGGUCCCAACAGUUUUCCGGAUUUCGAAAGAACAGCUGGCGUUACUAAAAGAGCACGUCCAGGCUGACCCGGAGACACAAGGCUCUGUACCAUCAAUCAUUGACAUUGUGCAAGCCUUGUUGUGGCGAACUAUCCUCCGGGCGCGGUACCGCGUGGCAACGGAGAUCCAGAAGAAGACUUUUGGCCCCAACGACAUCUCCAUCCUCGAACUGUCGACGGACGGGCGACCCUACUUCAGCGAGAUGCUGCCGGAAACGUACAUGGGCACUACGGUUCUGUACAAGCGACCCAGCAUCGCCCUUGAGACUCUCUGCGCGCCCGGGACGACGAUAGGCCGCGUGGCGCGCCUGUUACGCGAGUACGGAUCACUCGUGAGCCCGCAACUCGUCCACGACGUCUUCACCCUCUGCCAGAACCUCGGGGACUAUACCCAGGGCAGACUGGCAUCCGUGGGCCGAGAGCACAUGAACCUCGCCAUUACCAACAUCAUGAUGUUCCAGACCGACGACCUCAAGUUCGGCGAGCGCUUCUUCGCGAAUGGCGGCGCGCCCGAGGUGAUGCGACUCGCGCUCGACCGCCACGGCGACAAAAUCCGCGCCAUCGCCGUACUGCCCAUUACGAAGGAUGGUGCUGUUGAGUUCGUGGUCGGCACUAUCCCUGAGGAGCUGGAUAUGCUCUUGACAGAUGAGGAGUUUACGCGGUACGCCUGUUUGUGGGAUAUUAGCAACUAA